CUAUAAAACGCAGGCUCUCCUCACGCUUUCCUUCGGCCCCUUUAACAUUGUAAAACAAUAUCUUCUUCACCUUCCCCUCCAAAUAGACCCUGCAAUUUUUUUUUUUUAAAACAAGGUUCUUAGCCAUGCAGUCUUGUGAGGUUUCAGCCCUCCAUUAUCUAGCCUCUUCAAACCCAGCUCCAUACCCACCUCACUUCAGCAUGUCUCCGAGUUGCACGCCCGCUGCACUUCAACUUAACCAAUUCCCUAGCCCAUUAUACAAUUUCCAGUUCCCUCAAGCUCAAGAAUUCAAUCCACAAUCAUCAUCUUUCAGCAGUAAUUCAACUUCUGAUGAAGCUGAUGAGCAACAACUGAGUCUUAUCAACGAGAGGAAACAGAGAAGGAUGAUAUCUAAUAGAGAGUCAGCGCGCCGUUCACGCAUGCGCAAGCAGAAGCACCUAGACGAGCUCUGGUCGCAGGUGGUUUGGCUCCGGACUGAAAACCAUCAGCUCCUAGAUAAGCUGAAUCAUAUCUCCGAGUGCCAGGACCGGGUGCUUCAAGAAAAUGCUCGGCUCAAAGCGGAAACUUCAGGACUUCGCCAAAUGCUCACUGACAUGGAACUCAAAACCUCUUUCCCUACUUUAAGAGACCUAGAAGAUGUUCCCUGCAACACAACUUACCUCAGAGCUGAGUCCUCGAACCAGUCCAUCUCAAGUUCUAUGGAUCUGCUUGGUUAAUUAAGAUGGAUGAGAAGUUUUACUAUUAUCCUCUUUCUCGUUUUGGUUCUUCUGUUAAAUUUGUAUGGAAGUUAACCAGUUUUGCCUUUCAAUUAAGCCAUACAGAUUGCCCAAAAUUUACAAUAACAUGUUUUGAGCAUUUUAAUUGA